AGAUUUUUGGACGAAUUCAUGCGACAUUGCUGAAUAAUAAGAUGACGCUCCGAUCCGAAUGGAUGUUUAUUCGAAGUGAAGCUUCGGUGAAUACAGCCUUAAGGAGUUUCUCCGGAGUAAGCAGACGCUAAGAUAAGAGCUCAAUUGCUCGCACGUGCCGAUAAGAGUAGCAAUUCUUAGAUAAGCAAGGCUUCUGCUACAGUUCAGUGUUGGUUGAUUAGUAGAUAUAUCACUUCAUCAUAUCUACCGUAUUCUCACACACUUUCAGGAUAUUCAAGGAAGCUAUUAACUGUUACCUUUGUAGAUCCAAUACUCCACACACCCUAUCUUUCUAACGUGUGCCUGUAAACUAUGACGGAGAUAAUCAUAGACCAGAACCCUCCUGUCCUUCAAGGCCCUUCCGACAAGGAAAAGAAAUAUGAUCGACAACUACGAUUAUGGGCAGCUUCUGGACAGGCAGCGCUUGAGAAUGCCAACUUAUUAUUAUUAAACUCUGGUUCUGGCACAGUUGGUGUUGAGACUUUGAAGAAUUUGGUUCUUCCAGGAAUUGGAAAAUUUACAAUUGCGGACGAGGAACUCGUAAAUGAGGCUGACUUGGGUGUCAAUUUCUUUCUCGAUGAAGAGAGUUUGGGUAAAUCAAGGGCGGAACAAUGUGUGAAACUUUUACGAGAGCUCAAUCCCGAUGUGAAGGGAGACUGGUUUCCAAAACUCAAGGACGAUAAACUCGACCAAUUAUUUGCGGAUGAUCAUCAAGAAAAAUACACAUUAAUUAUAUAUUCAUUCCCGAUCGAACCCAGGAUCCUCGCCCUUGCAGAGAAAUACAGCGCAUCCCACAAAGUGCCUCUCGUCAGCAUACACUCCGCGGGCUUCUACUCAUAUUUCAAAACGCAUCUACCAGGAAACUUCCCUAUCGUUGAUACUCACCCAGAUUCAACCGCAACAACAGAUUUACGACUUCUAAAGCCAUGGCCAGAACUUUCGAAUUUUGCAGCAGAUAUGACUAAAGAGAUAGACACUCUUAAUGAUCAUGAGCAUGGCCAUAUACCUUACUUAGUCCUGCUCUUGCAUUUCUUGGCAAAAUGGAAAGAAGAAAAUGGCUCAUAUCCAACGUCAUAUAAAGAUAAAGCAGCGCUCAGGACGACUGUUACGAAUGGCACAAGAAGAAAUAAUGCCGAGGGUGGAGAGGAGAACUUCGAUGAAGCUGUUGCAGCUGUGAUGAAAAACAUAUCCGUACGAGAUUUGAAAGAUUCUGUGAAGGAAGUGUUCGAAUACUCACCAACCGAGGCGGAAUCCAAUUCUGAUUUUUGGAUCAUCGCUGAUGCUGUGAAGAAGUUCUAUGAAAAGUACAAUGAGCUCCCACUUCCGGGAUCGGUUCCAGACAUGAAGACUCAAUCGAGUACAUAUGUACAACUGCAGAAUAUAUAUAAAGCAAAGGCUCGACAAGACGUCCAGGAAAUACUAGAGACCGUCCGGGCACAUGCACGUGGUAAUGAGAUCAAGACAGAAGAAGUAGAGGCGUUCUGCAAGAAUGCUGCUUUCAUCAAGCUUAUCCGAGGCUCGAAUCCGAAAACAGAUUUACAGAAGAUAGCAAAACUGGAAUCUGAAAAGGAUGCAAUUGCUCCUAUCACAUCGGACCCAUUAUCAAACUUCCCUAUCUACUUGGCUCUUCAUGCAACUGCCCAUGUAGUAGCGGCUACUUCAUCUGAUAUCUUAGCCCAAAUCGACAAAGAAGUACCAAAUGCAUCCUCUAACCCACGUGUCCAGAAAGUUGCAGAAGAAGUAUCGCGAGCCAAAGGAGGCGAAUUGCACAACAUUUCUUCGUUGACUGGAGGUUUGGUAGCACAAGAAAUCAUCAAAAUUAUCACGAAACAAUAUGUACCGAUCGACAACACAUGCAUAUUUGAUGGUAUCACGAGUAGGGCGCAAGUUUUGAGGAUCUAAUCGGGUAAAGUCUACUUGAUUUGAGGCUAGCGAAUAGGGGUGUUUCGCGAAAGGUUACAAGAGCAUAUGAUCCGGGAAUGGGAAUGCCAUCCAUAUCGAGAUGGGGAGGCAUAAAUUAGAUUAACGAAGAUUUGCGAGUAUCAUCAGGCGAUGUCUAAGCAAUAAUGAUAUCACGAUCAGUAAAAUAUCAAGUCAAUUCGCACUAUGACAUCUUCGAGAUUUUCAAAAAUUGGCGUUUCAAAGGUGUGAUAACCAUACAUUUUAAUCACGCGGAUCAGAAUAAACUUGAGAUUUUAUAUCUUGCAAGUCGCACUACAUGCAUGCAUGCGGAAGAUCAUGAGAUAAGCAUGGAGUGCAUUCUUGUUACAAUAUAGGACAGUCUUUUUUUGGUGACACAUCUGCCGUGCAGUUCUAACACAGUUAGCACGACAUUUCCGCAUUCGCUUGCUGGCUUGCUGGCUUGCUUACCUUACUUGGUGGUCUACUUACAUGCAUAGGUCUUUGUAAAAACGUGUUACACGACAGGAUUUUCCACAACACCACUUCGCUGUUGGCAGAGGGGGACGUAGGAUUAUAUGUGAGAUGGUCCUGAAUUCUCCGCAGAAGUGGGGUUCGGAUGCAACGGGGAGGGAAAAUUUGGUAGCGAGGAUGGGUCGAUAGUGUUUUGUGCGAGGGUGUGUAUGAGGAUGUGGAUGUGGGAGGAUUGGUGGGCUGGAUUAUCGGAUGAGGUGGGGGAUCUUCAAUGGGGUUGUGCAGAUGAGUUGUGAGGGAGGCUUGCAUUUUCGAAGGGGUUGGACUGGACUGGGAUGGGAUUGUUUUGUUGAUAUGAGUGCGGGGUGACCAGGAAAGCCAUAGGUGAGAGGCAUUAGAAAGGAAUUGCAAAGAAGGAGAGAAGAGAAGGGAAGAUUGUAAGGAGUUUCGGCCCGAAUCUCCGUAUGAUAUUCAUCUUUUGCUAAGUUAGUAAUAGAGGCGGAUCUUUAAUGUGAAUUAGGUCUCUUUGUCAAGAAAUAUUAGGUAGAUUUCCCCGCAUUCGCAAUGCCGAGAUCAUAGAAAUCCUUUAAGAAAUAAAUACAGAUGAAUGCAUUUAAUCUUGAGCACAAAAUCUAUACAAAUUAAUUGUGAUGUGGCUGGGGUUUCUGAACGAGAAUUCUGGAUGUUGAC